AUGGACGUCAGCUGGACUGGGACUCUCUGCCAGCUCACGGAGCGGCCCCAGGAUAUGGCCCGUUUCGGAUACCCAUGGCCAGGGGAGCAUGGCCAGCAGAGACACAAGCUUUACAGGGAGGAGCUGAACCUAACCUCCCCAGCGGCGCCGCUGCCGCUCCGGCCGGAGGCCAGCUGGCUCCAGUUCCACCUGGGCAUCAGCCGGGACGGGCUCUACCCGCGCUCCAGCCCUGCCGUCAGCAGGCUCCUCCGGGACAUGCAAGACUUCACCACUAUCAGUGCCGACUACAGCCAGGACGAGAAAGCGCUGCUGGGGGCCUGCGACUGCAGCCAGAUCGUGAAGCCCAGCGGCGUGCACCUGAAGCUGGUCCUCAGGUUCCAGGAUUUUGGGAAAGCCAUGUUCAAGCCCAUGAGGCAGAAACGUGAUGAAGAGACUCCCGAGGACUUUUUCUACUUCGUUGACUUCCAGCGGCACAACGCAGAGAUCGCCGCCUUCCACCUGGACAGGAUCCUGGAUUUCCGGAGGGUGCCGCCCACAGUUGGGAGGUUGAUCAACGUCACCAAGGAGAUCCUGGAGGUCACCAAGAACGAGAUCCUGCAGAGUGUCUUCUUCAUCUCACCAGCCAGCAACGUGUGCUUCUUUGCCAAGUGCCCGUACAUGUGCAAGACUGAGUACGCGGUGUGUGGGAACCCUCACCUCCUAGAAGGGUCCCUCUCCGCCUUCCUGCCGUCCCUCAACCUGGCGCCACGACUCUCCAUCCCAAACCCAUGGAUCCGGUCCUACUCGUUUGAUGGAAAAGAGGAGUGGGAAGUGAAUCCGCUCUACUGCAACACGGUGAGGGAGAUCUACCCCUACAGCAAUGGCAACCGCCUGCUUAACAUCAUUGACAUGGCCAUAUUUGACUUCCUAAUAGGGAACAUGGACCGUCACCACUAUGAAAUGUUCACCAAGUUUGGGGACGACGGCUUCCUCUUACAUCUGGACAACGCCAGAGGGUUCGGGCGGCAUUCCCAUGAUGAAACCUCCAUCCUGGCCCCGCUCUCCCAGUGUUGCAUAAUAAAGAGGACAACGUUAUUACGACUCCAGCUCUUGGCUGAGCCCGAAUAUCGGCUCAGCGACGUGAUGAGGGAAUCUCUCCUGCAGGACCUCCUGGCACCUGUCCUCACCGAACCCCAUCUCUUGGCUUUAGACAGACGGUUACAGCUUAUCCUGAAAGCUGUGAGGAAAUGCAUAGACACGUAUGGAGAAGUCAAGGUGGUGGCCAACGACACGACGCAGCCCGAGGCUCCUGCAUCUGACAAAGUGAAGCUGACCACUUAAACAGUCUUUAACUCAUGCUCAGAGGUGGGGAAAACCCCUGCAAGGCAAGUGUUUUAAAAGCUGGUAAUUUCCAUCUACAAACGCUUGUGGAGACUGACAGGGGAAACUCUUCAGAAGAUCUUCAAGAAUCACACUGGGCUUCUAUGCUGGGUACUCAACCAAAGCUUCUGUGCCUGGCCAGUGUGUUGGUAAGUUGUGGUCUGACUGUAGCAGACCUUUACAACCUGAACACCAUCUCUCUGGUGGAAAAGGAGCGAUCUCCUGUUCUGUAGUUGGUCAUGCCCUUGGGAGGGCGGGGGAACACGUGGCCAUUGGUUUGCUCAACCCACACGGGAUCUCGGUCUUGCUAGUGAAGGACACAAACUAGGUCCAAGGAUGAGGCUUGAAUAAAGAGAUGCCACGAGCAUUUUCGUCUUACUAAGUCUCUGUUCUGUAAUCAAGACUGUGUAUUUGAGAAAAGAGCAAUCUUACUUCACAAGGGCAGUACCUGCCACUGAGACAAGACAUGUCGAUUCAGCAUGGUCAGACUGAAGAGCAUCUGCCCAGUAAUCACCAUCAAGCCUGUCCGUUGCCUCUUGGUCUCUUCAACAGCGACCAACCCACUCCACUCCGAUCUCUGCACAUCGCUCAAAAGCCCACUGCCUCACAGGGCAGUAAAACCACUUCUACUUUUACCUGCCUCAUGGGUGGAAGAGCCAGUCUGGGUUGUAAGAGA